GCUGGGCACGCAGCUCUGUGAAUUUUACAUACCGUACCCUUCAUCCUCCACAUCAACUCCUCCUUCUUUCAACUAAAACUACCGAUCUUCCUCACAAACAACUAUAACCAUGUCGUCUCCACAGGACGGAGCAGUCCCGCCGCCCGCCGAAGUUAUGUCAAUCGCAUCGCCGAUCAACCUGCUCCUCCUCUCCCUCUUCGCCGUUCUGGUGUACAUGCAAUUCCGACCAAAAGCGCCCGUAACGCUUCCCAAGGGUCCUGCGCCCAUCGUCUUCCGCACGUUCACCCCCACCACUCUGCUCGAAUUCAACGGUGUCGAUGGAAAGCCCGUCUAUCUAGCCGUGCGCGGCCGCGUCUUCGAUGUAUCCCCUGGCAGGAACUUCUACGGACCGGGUGGCCCCUACGAGAACUUCGCUGGUCGAGACGCAUCCCGUGGAUUGGCCUGCCAGAGCUUCGAUGAGGAGAUGCUUACUAAGGACCUGAAGGCUCCUUUGGAUGACCUCAAGGGUCUUGAUGCGGAUGCGUUGGAAAACCUCCAGUCCUGGGAGGAGCGCUUUUUGGAAAAGUACUUGGUUGUGGGUAAAUUGGUUGCUGAAGGCGAUCCGGAGGCCCCGAAGGCAUAAUUGCCUUGUGAUCACCCACCACGGAUAGUACCGCGUAUUGAUGAUGGAAUGCAGGGUUGAAGCUUCUACGGGGUCGAAAGUACCUUGAUAGAAAAUGUAGCAUUUGGUAUUUUCAAAAGCGAUGCGAGUGGUUUUUUUGUUUGUUUCGCAUGAGACAUGAUUCGAUUGACGCUCGAAUGUGAGCCGCAUAUAUUGGGAAUUUUUAGGUCAAAAUAAAUGCCAUCGUAUUAUAAGUACUAAUGUUAAACCUGCUACCACCACAAUUGCGUAGUAGGUAGUGAUAUUGCCAAUACAACAUUUUGCAGUUGAGCAGCGCGGUCACCAUAAUUACCACUCCAUUUUCAAGAUAAAUCAAGAGAGAACGACAAAGAAUCAACAGGUACUGUUACAAGUCAUCAAAUCGUAGCCGAGAUUAAGAACUCCUUGGAUUUUCACAAGUUCACAGCUCCGCUCGCAAUUCUUCCGCAGACUCCGCAGCCUUCUCUUGCGCCUUCUCAGCAGCCCGCUGACCCUGAGCCCGGCCACUGGCCGCUCCAAUCUUCAACUGUUCCAGAAGCCAGUUGGUAGCAUCCUGGAACUUAGCAUAGAUUGUUCCUUGUGGAGUGGUAGUGCCGUAUCUGAAGUACUCGGCGUUACGACGUACUGCAGCGCGUAGUUCAUUGGGACUAGAGCCUUGAUAGACCGGAAUACCGUAGGAGUCGAGGUAAGCCUUAAGCUCAGAGUGAGACCA